GUAGCUUCGAAUUUAAAUUUAAUCAUUCUUCUUCUCACGGAUCUGAUAUGUGUCUUAUGGCUCCACAAUCCAUGAGUGACAUAGUCAACAGCUUGGUGCAUAGAUAAAUCUUCAAUUAUCAUGUCCAACUACCCACAAUACCAAAGAAAGCAACUUUACAAUAGAUUAUUGAAUCCUUACCAGCAUAAAUAAACAUAUACGCACCAGCACUUAUUACGCCCCACUGAGCUUCAGGAUUCCUUCCGGGCACCUUCAUCUUCUCUUUUCAUCACAAUAAAUUUCUGGUUUCCCGAAAAACAGAAGAGUAGCUACCCUUUUGCUCAGCGUACCCAGAAGGCCAGAACAAGAUGAAAACGAGAAGUGGAGAUGGAAAUGUCGUGGCAGUUACUGGAGCUUCAGGUUUCAUAGCUUCAUGGCUGGUCAAGCUCUUGCUUCAACAUGGCUACACCGUCAAAGCCUCUGUUCGUGACCCAACUGACCGGAAGAAGACAGCCCAUUUGCUUGAACUUCCUGGAGCCAAGGAAAGGCUGGAACUUUUCAAAGCAGAUUUACUUGAUGAUGGGUCUUUCGAUUCCGUCGUUCAAGGUUGUGCCGGAGUCUUCCACACCGCUUCUCCCGUUUCCUUCACCGCCGCUGAUCCUCAGGCAGAGAUAAUUGAUCCUGCGGUGAAAGGAACCCUCAACGUUCUGAAAUCAUGUGUCAAGUCCGCCACGGUAAAGAGAGUGAUCGUCACCUCUUCCGCUGCUGCGCUUUUCUUCACCGGGAAACCAAUGAACCAAGAUUCUGUGGUUGAUGAGACUUGGUUCUCCGAUCCAAUGAUUUGCCAGGAACGCAAGCUUUGGUAUCAACUUGGCAAGACAUUGGCUGAGAUAGCUGGCCGAGAUUUUGCUAAUGAGAAUGGGAUUGAGUUGGUGACAAUCCAUCCUGGUCUUGUAUCUGGGCCAUUUUUACACCCCACUCUUUGCUUCUCAGUGGAGGUUAUUCUCAACCUGAAAAAAGUUGAUGAAAAGAAGACAGCCCAUUUACUUGGAUUGGAUGGAGCCAAGGAAAGGCUGCAACUUUUCAAAGCAGAGCUGCUGGAAGAAGGGUCUUUCGACUCCGCCAUAGAAGGAUGCUCCGGAGUUUUCCACACUGCUUCCCCUGUUUCCUUCUCGGCCGCUGAUCCCCAGGCAGAGAUAAUUGAUCCCGCGGUGAAAGGAACCCUCAAUGUUCUGAAAUCAUGUGCUAAAUCUCCUUCUGUAAAGAGAGUGAUCGUAACCUCCUCCACCGCAUCAAUCUUCUACACAGGGAAACCAGUAAACAAAGAUUCAGUUGCGGAUGAGACUUGGUUCUCCGAUCCAGAACACUGCAAGGACCUUAAGAUUUGGUACCAACUUAGCAAGACAUUGGCGGAGAUUGCUGCAUGGGACUUUGCAAAGGAGAAUGGGGUGGAUAUGGUGACAAUACAUCCUGGCCUUGUAAUUGGUCCCUUUUUACAGCCCAGUCUUUCCUUCUCAGUUGAGGUCAUUCUCAACCUUGUUAAUGGGAAUAAGAGCAGCCCGUUGUCCCAUUUUUCGGUGGUUGAUGUUAGAGAUGUUGCAGAAGCUCAUAUCAAAGCUUUUGAGACUCCAUCAGCUUCUGGUAGAUACUGCUUAGUUGAAAGCAGUGUGCCAUUGUCUCAAGUUUUGGGGAUUCUUCAUAAGCUCUACCCAACAUUGCCUCUUUCUGACAAGUACUUGCUAGGCCCUUUCCUUCCUUUGUGUUGUUCUGUGUUUAAGUUCAAUAAUAGUUUUUGCCAACAUAACUCUGGGUUUUGUUUCAUUUUACUUUGUGGCAGCAGAUGUGGAGAAGUGGAUAUUAUGAACUUGCCUGGAUUUGGGGUAUCAAAGGAGAAAGCAGAAGGGUUGGGGAUCAAGUUCAUCCCGCUGGAGGAGUCGCUUAAGGACACCGUUGAAUGCUUGAAGGAGAAAGAAUUCCUUCUUUUCUGAUUCAGACUUUGCUGUCUAUUGGUUAAAAAGUUUCAUAAUAAU